UUAGGUUAUGUCAGAUUAGAGUUAGGUUAGGUUAAAUUGAAUUCUUUGGCAGAGUUAACGCGUGAUUAUGUUUUUACCAUAAAAUAAUACAAUCUCACGUAAAUAAUGUUGUUGUUGAAACGUGGAUUUGAGGCAAGCCUCGCGCAAAGUUUGCCGAAAAUGCUGAGGCUCGUCGCGGCGUAUUCAAGCGCUUCGAACCCGGGUGAACCUCAACAAUUUCGAGUACUGGAAAUUUAUCCGCAGCGCAAGAACGUCAAGCAGGAGAGACGAAAGACGCAACGGAUCGCCGUCCCGCCGCCCAGGACGAAGGGGAUGCCCAUCGACCAGGACUGGCCGUCGGUCUGGCCGGGCGCGCGAACCUUUCAUCCCGCCUCGGUGCCCCUGCCGUUGCGCCAAGGGUACCAGGAAAAGGGCGCGCCGUUCACCAAGCAUGCCAACGCCGAGCUCAUGAAGAUACCGAAUUUCCUGCAUCUCACGCCGCCGGCGAUACGGCGGCACUGCGAGGCGUUGAAGCAGUUUUGCACCGAGUGGCCGGCCGGUUUGGAAACCGAGGAGAAAUGCGCGAAACACUUUCCCGUCGAGAUCAUCACGUCCGACUAUUGCUACUCCUCGCCCACCAUACGGGAUCCGCUCGCCAGGAUCGUGAGUCUGCGAGUAAGGCUGUCCUCCCUUCACUUGGACACCCAUGCCAAAGAUAAGCUACUGCGAUUACUGGGAAACAGAUAUAAUCCGGAAACGGAUGUAAUAACAAUCACAGCUGACAGAUGUCCAACCAAAAAGCAAAACUUGGAAUAUGUGCGAUAUCUACUCACGGCGGUGUAUCACGAGUCUUGGAGGGUGGAACCGUGGGAAGCCGAAAAAUCGCUAGUGGACAUGGAGUAUUUCGACUGGGACACCAGCCAGAGUCGCACGAAUCUAGUAACGCUGUACAAGUGGCCGGAACCACCGACCGAUUACGACUACGAGACCAUCCCGCACGUAACGGAAUACAAAAUUGCCGUUUCAGAUCUCAUAAACAAUGGCGAAGAUCAAUACUCGGUCAAUAAGUACAAGGAAGCUGUUAAAAAUGUGUUAAAUCUUAGUAAUGCGUCAAUAAAAGCUGAAUCUUGAAUAUCGCA